AUGACAACCCUCGGUGAUGACCUUCUGCGCACCGUCAAUAAACUUCAAGAUCUGGUCUUCAACACAAUUGGCAAUGAUUCCCUCGAUCUUCCUCAGAUAGUCGUCGUUGGCUCUCAAUCCUCGGGAAAAUCUUCCGUGCUGGAAAAUAUUGUUGGAAGGGACUUUCUUCCCCGAGGUAGUGGCAUCGUCACUCGCCGACCACUCAUCUUACAAUUGAUCAAUAUCCCCCUCGAUGAUGAUUCAAAUAGCGGUGACGAGGUUCACGUCCCUCAUUCUGCCGCUAGUGUCGCUGAGCAUGGAGAAUGGGCCGAGUUUCAUCACAUCCCCAGUCGCAAAUUUACCGACUUCAAUCAAGUCCGAGCCGAAAUCGAAAAUGAGACGGCCAGAAUAGCUGGAAAUAAUAAAGGAAUCAACAGACAACCUAUCAAUCUCAAGAUAUACUCCCCACACGUCUUGAACCUGACUCUUGUCGAUCUCCCUGGGCUGACCAAGGUCCCGAUCGGAGACCAGCCCGGCGACAUUGAGAAGCAAACUAGAACCCUCAUCUCCGAAUAUAUCGCCAAACCUAACAGCAUUGUCCUGGCUGUUUCCCCCGCCAAUGUUGACAUUGUCAAUUCCGAAGCACUGAAGCUCGCGCGCCAUGUUGAUCCCAUGGGAAGAAGGACUAUUGGUGUCCUAACAAAAUUGGAUCUGAUGGACCAUGGAACAAAUGCUCUUGAUAUUCUCUCAGGACGCGUCUACCCACUCAAACUGGGUUUCAUCGGUGUCGUCAAUCGAUCUCAGCAAGAUAUCCAAACCCAGAAACCCAUGUCCGAUGCUCUCAAAUCCGAGGCGGAAUUCUUUAGACAUCACCCAGCAUACAGAAAUAUGGCAACAAGAUGCGGCACACAGUACUUAGCGAAGACUUUGAAUACAACUCUGAUGGGACAUAUCCGCGAUAGACUACCAGACAUCAAGGCACGCCUAAACACCCUCAUGGGCCAAACACAACAAGAACUUGCGAGUUAUGGCAGCAAACAAUUCAGUGGCAAGGAGCAUCGUGGUUCCUUGAUCCUACAAUUAAUGACCCGAUUCGCGACCUCCUUCAUCUCCUCCAUCGAUGGUACUUCUUCAGAAAUCUCCACCAAAGAACUUUGUGGAGGCGCUCGGAUAUACUACAUCUUCAACUCUGUCUUCGGAAACUCCCUUGAAACCAUCGACCCUACGCAUAACCUUUCCGUCCUCGAUAUCCGUACAGCAAUCCGAAAUUCGACGGGUCCACGACCAAGUCUUUUCGUCCCUGAACUGGCAUUUGAUCUACUUGUCAAGCCUCAGAUCAAGCUGUUGGAAAUUCCCAGCCAACGCUGCGUUGAGCUCGUAUAUGAAGAGCUUAUCAAGAUCUGUCAUACUUGUGGCUCGACAGAACUGUCAAGAUUCCCCAGAUUGCAGGGUAAACUGAUAGAAGUCGUCUCAGACCUAUUAAGAGAACGAUUAGGACCGGCAUCAACUUACGUCGAGUCCUUGAUCGCCAUCCAACGCGCCUACAUCAAUACCAAUCAUCCCAACUUCCUAGGUGCAGCAGCUGCAAUGUCAUCAGUAAUUGCGAGCAAGAAUGAGAAAGACAAGAAGGCCGCCCAGGCCGAGGAGAGAAGAAAACGAGAGAAACAACGACAGAAGCAGCUUGGCGCGAAUGGCGUUGCUACACCGGAUGACGAUGAAGCGGAGCAAGAAGACAAGCCUACAACUUUGGCUACACGGAAACACCCCGCCUUGAGCCGAAGCAUGUCUCCUGCUGUGGCGAGAGAUCGUGAGAAUGGGAUUGGCAGUAUUUCUGCAGCUCAAGGCGCUGGUGCCGCUAGGGAUUCAUUCCUGAAUUAUUUCUUUGGUAAGGACGGAGGGUUGACUUCCGGAGGCAUUCCUGCGGCAUCAACCAAUGGUACUUCUGGUCUACGACAUCCCAGCCACAGUGCAGAUCCCAGCUUCUCUCAAAGUAUACGAAGAAUGGAAAGAGGAAGUUUCGCGGAGCGAUCACCCGCCUACCCUCCGCCCAUGAAUGAUGACUACGCUCCAGCUCCGUCAGAAUAUGGUGGAGAAUCGACUUCAUUAUUUCCCGAACAAGCCGCUGAGCCUGCACUUACAGACCGUGAGGCGCUCGAAACAGAGUUGAUCCGCCGCUUGAUCAGCAACUACUUUAAUAUUGUGCGAGAGACCAUUGCGGAUCAAGUCCCCAAGGCUAUCAUGCACUUGUUGGUCAACCAUUCACGAGACGAGGUGCAAAAUCGACUUGUGAGUGAGCUGUACAAAGAAGACUUAUUCGGAGAUCUCCUAUAUGAGGAUGAUGGUAUCAAGAAGGAGCGCGAAAAGUGCGAGAAGCUUCUGGCGACAUACAAAGAAGCAGCGAAGAUUGUGGGUGAGGUUUUGUAA